AAGUCCCGCUGGGCUCUUCAACUAACUUUUCCGUCCUCCUCCUCAGUUUCGCGGCGAGCCAGGUGGCGUGUUGGCUCCGCUGCGUUUUGUUUCGGUGUUUCUCUCUGUAGCGGCGCCAGCAGCAGGGUGUUGUCAGCAUGUCUUUAGCGGAUCAGCAGUGGAGUCCCACAAGCGUCCAGGUAACGGUGCUCCAAGCCAGAGGCCUCAGGAUAAAGGGGAAAAGCGGCACCAAUGACGCGUACGCGGUUAUGCAAGUGGGCAAGGACAAGUACCAGACGUCGGUGGUGGAGAAAAGCGUGGCUCCGGUGUGGAAAGAGGAAGCCUCCUUUGACCUGCCGCCGCUGCUGCUUCAGGCAGGAGGAGGUGGAGGGAAGGACCGCGGCACGCUGCACGUCCAGGUCCUGCACCGCGCUCUGGUGGGACCCGACAAGCUGCUGGGCCAGGCUGUCAUCAACCUGCUGCAGCUCAGUGAGGACAAAACCCGCAACAAGACAGAGUGGUUUAAAUUGCUGGACAAAACCGGUAAGCCGGACAAAGACCGCGGAGAGGUCCUUCUGGACGUCCAGUUCAUGAGAAACAACAUGACCGCCAGCAUGUUCGACCUUUCCGCUGCAGGGAAGUCCCGCUCCCGGCUGGGAAAGCUUAAGGAUAAAGUCCGUGGAAAGAAAAAGGAGCUGGACUCAUCAGGUGUGGUGCCUUCGCCCACUCAGGUUCUGACAGACAGCGAAGAAGAGGACGCUAGCGGAGGUGGAGAGGGAGGAAAAUCGAAGCAAAGCAAAAGGAUGUCUUUGUUUUCUCCGAAAUCCAACCUGCAGAGGAACUUGUCUCAGUCCAUGUCCGUCCUGCCUGCGAAGAACUCCUCGCUGAGCGGGAGCCAGUCGUCUGGGCUGAACGUGGACUCCUCCGAGGGCAAAAAGAAGUUCAAGUUCAAGAUACAUAAGCACUCCAGCAGCUCUAACAGCAAAGACUCAUCCUCUGGUCAACAAAAACAGGAGCAGAGCAAUUUGUGCAUCAACGGCAGCCAUGUUUACUGCGAGGAGCCGCCGCCACGGUCGUCUCGCACCGGAUCCAGCUUCAGCCUGUCAAGUUCAGGACGUGGAUCAAUGGAGGAUGUCCUGGAAAACCCGUCUCCAUCUGUGGAUUCGCUUAAAGCAGUGGGGGAGUAUUCACCCUGGAUGGAAGAAGAAGAGGAGGAGGAAGAGAAAGAUGAGGAAGAUGAAAAUAUUAAGGAUUUAAGAAAAAAGGAAGAAGAAAAGGCCAAGUUGGAAAAGGCUAUGAGAGAAGAUGAAGAGGAGGCCAUCAGGAAGCAACAAAAGGAGCUGGAGAGGUUGGCUGAAGAAAAGUUGAGACAAGAAGAGGAAAAGGUCAGGAAAGAGGAGGAAGAGCGACAAAAACUGGCAGAAGAAAAAAGAAGACUACAGGAACAAGAAAAGAGGUGCAGAGAGGAAGAAGAAAGGGCCCGAAAGAGGAGGCAGGAAGAGGAGCAUAAAUUAGCUGAAGAAAAAAGGAGAUUGAAGGAGGAAGAAGAAAGGAGGAUUGAAGAAGAAAAAGUCAGAAGGGAACAAGAGAGUGUUGAAGAGCAGAGAAGGAAGCGGGAGCAAGAAGAAACGAAGCGGAGGGAGGAAGAAGAGAAGCUUAGGAAGGAAAAGAUGAGAAUAGAGGAGGAAGAGAAGGCUCAUCGAGAAAAGGAGGAAGCUAGGAUGAUGGCAGAGAAGAGAAGAGAGGAAGAAAGGAGUGAAGCUGAAGAGAAGUUCAGAAAAGAGGAAGGGGAAAGGAUUAAGAUGGAAGAGAUGAGAAGGAAAGAGCAUGAAGAAAAGUUAGCAAAGAGGAAAGAACUGGAGGAACAAGAAAGGAGAGCAAGAGAAGAGCAAGAAAAGAUGCAAAGAGAGGAAGAGGAGAGAAGGAAACAAGAGGAGGAAGAAAGAGAAGAGCAAGAAAAGAUGCAAAGAGAGGAAGAGGGGAGAAGGAAACAAGAGGAGGAAGAAAGAGAAGAGCAAGAAAAGAUGCAAAGAGAGGAAGAGGUGAGAAGGAAACAAGAGGAGGAAGAAGAGAAGUUGGCUAAAGAAAAACUGAGACAAGAGGAAGAGGAAAGGGAGGCCGAAGAAGAGCGAGCAAGAAGGGAGGAGGAGGACAGGAUUCAGAAAGAGAAAAUCAGAAGAGAGGAGGAAGAGAGGAAGAAAAAAGAGGAAGAGGAGAGUAAGAGAAGGCAAGAAGAACUGGAGAAGCUGGCUAAAGAAAAUCUGAGACAAGAGGAAGAGGAGAGAAAGGCCAAAGAAGAGCAGGCAAGAAGGGAAGUAGAAUGGAUCCAGAAAGAGAMAAUCAGAAGAGAGGAGGAAGAGAGGAAGAAAAAAGAGGAAGAGGAGAGUAAGAGAAGGCAAGAAGAAAUGGAGAAGCUGGCUAAAGAAAAGCUGAGACAAGAGGAAGAGGAGAGAAGAAAGGUUGAAGAAGAGCAGGCAAGAAGGGAAGAAGAACAGAUCCAGAAAGAGAAAAUAAGAAGAGGGGAAGAAGAGAAGGCUGAGAAACAAAGGUUGAAAGACGAAAUGAGAGAAGCAAAGAGAAAAGAAUCAAGAAUGAAAGAAGAGCAAGCAAAAAUGCAAGAGGAGGAGGAAAAAAGAAAAAGAGCAGAAGAAGACAGAAUAAAAAUGGAGAAACAAAGAGAAGAGGAACUGGAGAAAAUGAGGCCUGAUGAGGAGAGAAUAAGGAGGGAGGAGAGGAUUAAGAAGGAAAGAAGGGAAGAGGAGACGUUGGCAAAAGAAAAGAAGGAAACCAAAAUAAAAGAAGAAGAGAAAAGUGCAGGAACAAAAAUCAAACUGAGAGUUCCUGUAGAAAUCACUUCCACUAAUCCUUUUGAUGAAAACUUCACUCAACCUGAGGAAACUCCCAAAUCAUCUAAAGCAAAACCUGAUGAUCAAAGAUGUCAGUCAUCAGCGGAGAGCGGGGUAGCUUCCACCAGCGAAAAGGACCCAACUAACAUUCAGCGGGAAAAAAGAGCAGCUCCUAAGCCUCCGGGAAGGAAUCAGCAGGAGAGACAAAAACAGGACGAGGAGGAGACGUCGACACAACAUCUGCCACAAAUUAACAAGCAGAGUAAAGACAAAGAUGUCAAAACUGUCAGCGUUGCUCCCCAGCGCUCGGUGCAGAUGAUUGCUCCUCUAAACAGGUCUUCCAAAGAUUUGAGAAACACCCAGAGCACGACGGAGCAUGAUUCUGCCAAAGAAGCGACAAGCAAACACAAUAAACGUCCUGCUCCAUCCAUACCGUGCGCUGCUGAAGAUGAGCUUCACAGAGGUGCGGCAGAGAUUAAAAACGACGCCGUUUGUGGUUUAAACCCGUUUGAAGAUGAUGAUAAUGAGGAGGAAAAUGAGCUCACGGUUCAUAAGGAUGCAACAACCUUUGUUAAAUCUGAUCCGGUAGUUUGGCCUCCUGUCAAAUCGCAAGCUGCUGACAAAGAUUCUGCUAAAGUCAAAUCGUCAAAAGUAGCUCGAGCUCCCCUACCUCCUGAUCCAAAUGACACUCCUUCAAGCUCCACUGUCAGUCGAAACCAUGACGAAACUGAUGUUUCAGAUGACAGUGGAGAGACGGCUCCAAACAAGGCAUGCAACGCACAACAAGAGGUCAAAAGUCACGUACAGGUCCAAGAGAGUCCAAACAAAGAGUCCAAGAAGGUUGUGACCACGACUGGUGCGAGAGAGGAGGGGCCUCCGGUAAUUUCACGCAGACUUCAGCCUGUAAAACCCCUUAAUCCUCUGGAGCAACAGUCUGACUCAGUUGGUAAAGUUGGAAAUGAUAAAGCCACAGGAUUAGACUGUAAUGGAGUUCAGCACAAAACAAAUGUUGGCACAGGGAGAUCAGGGCCGUACUCCCAGCUGACUCGAGAGGAACUGAUCGCUCUGUUGUUGAAACAGGAGAGCCAGCUCUCUGAGAGAGAUAAAAAGAUAUCAGAGCUGGAACUGUACAUUGACAACUUACUGGUGCGAGUCAUUGAAGAGAGUCCAAGUAUCCUCAUGUCCAUGAGCUCUUUAAAGAAGCCUGUCUAAGUGGAUUUAUAGCUGACUCUCAGAAUCAGAUCCCUGAGGUCUGACUUUAUUCAUUUCACGACUACAUGAGAAACCUGGCUUCCAAAGAUGUUUAUCACUGAAUACUGGCUCUUUUGUAGUAGGAUAAACCUUUAGGUUAAUAGAUCAACAAGAGAAAUCAAAGAGAAGAGAUGAAAUAUUACUGUGAUGACUGUAGCAGUUUCAAUUAAAUCUUUUUUAUACCAGAAAAUUCUCUCUUUCAGUCAAGUGUAAAAGGGGAUUCAUAUAUGUUCAUUGCUUUCAUAUAGUCUUUUAAGCGUAAAGUUCAAGCUUAAAAGACUUGCUAUACUGCCUGGUUAAAUCAAAACAUUUUUCCCCUGCCUGGUCAAAAAGAGCCUUAUGUGCUGCAAUUAUAUCUUUUUUUCUUUUUUUUUCUUUGCAUUCUGCAAACCAAGAGCACUUUAUCUUUGAAUGUUGAACACUGAAAAAUAUACACUGUCUUUGGAACUGGGUGAGCUGUUUUUGUAUAUUUGCAAAAUAAAAUUAAAAAUGUAUAAAUCCA